GGCAUGGCGAUGGCGAGCUCCAAGAACGGGCUCUCCCCGGUGGUCGUCUUCCUCCUCGGGGCGGCCUCUGCCACCGUGCUGAUUGUGUUCCUCUUCACCUCGACUGCGAGGCCAGCGUGGUCGACGCCGGAGAUAGCUCCGACGACGAGGACAAGGCAGGACCAGAAGGCUGCUGCUGCCGUGCCUUGCGCUCCACGGGCGAAAGGGACGACGAACACAACGGCAAGAACUAAUCAGAUGGAGGGAGAGAAGGAGGAGGAAGACGACGAGUUCGCGAGGUUGGUGAGGAGGGCGGCGAUGGAGGACAGGACGGUGAUCAUGACGUCGGUGAACGAGGCGUGGGCGGCGCCGGGGUCGCUGAUGGACUCGUUCCUGGAGAGCUUCCGGGUCGGCGAGAACAUCUCGCACCUGGUGCAGCACAUCGUGGUGGUGGCCAUGGACGAGGGCGCGCUCCGGCGGUGCCGCGCCGUGCACCCGCACUGCCACCUGCUUCUCCCGGAGGUGGCCGGCCUCGACCUCUCCGGCGCCAAGAGCUACAUGACCAAGGACUACCUCGACCUCGUCUGGAGCAAGCUCAAGCUCCAGCAGCGCGUCCUCGAGCUCGGCUACAACCUCCUCUUCACGGACGUUGACCUGGCGUGGUUCCGGAACCCGAUGGUGCACAUCACGGCGGCGGCGGACAUCACGACGUCGAGCGACUUCUACUUCGGCGACCCGGACGACCUGGGGAACUACCCCAACACCGGGUUCAUCUACUUCAAGGCCACGGCGAGGAACGCGCGCGCCAUGGCGUACUGGCACGCGGCGCGACGCCGGUUCCCGGGGGAGCACGACCAGUUCGUCUUCAACGAGAUCAAGCGCGAGCUCGCCGCCGCCGACGGCCUCGGCGUCCGCAUCAGGUUCAUCGACACCGCCGCCGUGAGCGGGUUCUGCCAGCUGGGGCGCGACCUGAACCGCAUCGCCACCGUGCACACGACGUGCUGCAUCGGGCUGGAGAACAAGCUGCACGACCUGAGGAACGUGAUCCGCGACUGGCGGAGGUACGCGGCGCGGCCGCGGUGGGAGCAGCGGGCGGGCAACAUCGGGUGGACGUUCGAGGGAGGCAGGUGCAUCCACUGACAGCUUCGAGAUUCGUGCGUGCUCGAGGCCUCGUUGCCUAGAGAUGUGGGAUGCCACGUGGGACGGUGGAAUGAUGGAAUGGAGGAAGAAGCCUCUCCUGUGUUGUGUUGUUCAUUCGGUCUCAUCUCGGUUUGUUCGUAGUUUAUCAGGGAGCAGCAGCUGUAGUUCUGAAUACGUUAAUUCUUGUACUAUAAAGGUUAAAAUUAGAGUAAAAUUUAAAAAAUACAGGCAAUUUGAUAAAGUUGUCACGAAACUAUAUAUUUAAGGGUGUAUAUCACAAAAAUAUAGAGUAGCAUCAA